GCGGUGAGGGAGUGGUGAAGUGAAACGUGGCACCGCACUAUGCCUCUAUUUGACGCUUAACAAAUUAAUCUCAUAGCUCAAUUUAAUAGUCAUAGUGUUAUUCUUAGUUUUGUGAUCAUAAUCUUCACUGGCAGACAUGUUGCCUUUAAGACACAUCUUACACUUGACAGUGUGCUUUGUGUUGAUGCUACUUCAUGUUAGACACACACUGGCAGAAGUUGGAGAUUUCACUCAUGAAUGGGCAGUAAAAAUCGAAGGAGGCGACGAAGAAGCUCGUGCCGUGGCCUUAGAACAGAAUUUUGACCUCGUUGAUAAGGUGUUCAACAACGUGUAUGUGUUCCGUCACCGACGCCUCGCCCGCCGCUCCGCCAGCCCGUCAGUACACCAUCACCGCCAGCUGCACAAACACCCCAAGGUACAGUGGGCACAGCAGCAGCAGGUGCUGAGGCGCAGUAAGCGGGACUUCCUGCAGCUGCAGCAGCUCCCAGCCUCCAGCUUCUACCCUCUCUCUCCUGGCCGCUACCGUCACGACCAGACGCAUGACUUCCCUAGUACCAACCUCAACGACCCUCAGUGGCCGCAGAUGUGGUACUUGAACCGCGGGCUGGGGCUGGACAUGCGGGUAGAGCAGGCGUGGGCGGCGGGGGUCACGGGCAAGGGGGUCGUGGCCACCAUACUGGACGACGGGCUCGAGAAGAGCCACCCGGACCUCAUCAGGAACUACGACCCCGAGGCGUCGUACGACGUGAACAACCGCGACAGCGACCCCGCCCCGCGCUACGACCUGUCCGACAGCAACCGCCACGGCACGCGCUGUGCCGGCGAGGUGGCGGCCGACGCCAACAACUCCAUCUGUGCCGUCGGUGUGGCAUACCAGGCCUCCAUUGGCGGCGUGCGGAUGUUGGACGGCGACGUAACAGACGCGGUAGAGGCGCGGUCGCUAGCACUCAACCCUCAACACAUCGACAUCUACAGCGCCUCCUGGGGACCUGACGAUGAUGGCAAGACCGUUGACGGUCCCGGCGAGCUCGCCACGCGCGCCUUCGUCGAGGGCAUUAAUCAUGGUCGAGGUGGUCUGGGCUCAAUCUUCAUCUGGGCGAGCGGCAACGGCGGCCGCGCUCAGGACAACUGCAACUGCGAUGGCUACACUAACGCCAUCUGGACGCUGAGCAUCUCGUCUGCUACAGAGCGCGGCAACGUGCCGUGGUACAGCGAGGCGUGCAGCAGCACCCUAGCCACGACCUACAGCAGCGGCAGCACCAGCGAGCGCAAGAUCAUCACCACAGACCUGCACCACGAGUGCACCACGAGCCAUACCGGCACCUCUGCGUCAGCUGUGUGGGACGUGUUAGUGACGUGUGGGAUGUGCGUGCAGGUUAACAAGAACCUGACGUGGCGAGACAUGCAGCACAUCGUCGUGCGCACCGCGCGUCCUGAGAACCUCGAGACCAACGACUGGCAGACCAACGGCGUCGGCAGGAAGGUCUCGCACAGGUUCGGCUACGGGAUGAUGGACGCGUACGCGAUGGUGCAACUCGCGCGCUCCUGGCAGACGGUGACCCCUCAGCGCAGCUGCGAGGUGCGGGCCCCUCACGACGACAAACUCGUCCCUCACAAGAGCGUCGUGUCCCUGACCCUUGAGGUGUCCCAGUGUCCCGGAGUAGAGGAGCUGGAGCACGUACAGGCGAUGGUGUCCCUGUCGUCUGACCGGCGUGGGGACCUGGAGAUUUAUUUAGUGUCCCCAGCGGGGACCCGCAGCACCUUGCUGGCCCAGCGGCCCCAUGACAACAGCAGGGCCGGCUUCAGGUCGUGGCCGUUCAUGAGCGUGCACAUGUGGGGGGAGGCGCCCCUGGGCGUGUGGAAGCUUGAGGUGCACAACAACGGACACUUCUUCUCUAAUGGUCUGACCAUCCUCCGAGGCUGGUCUCUAAUCCUGCAUGGCUCUGCUAGCGUCGGCCUACGUCACGCUAAGUCAUUCCGUCGUACAUCUGAACGACAACAGCAACUGCAACAGCAACAGCUGCAACAACAAAACAGCAUUGACACAGACGCGCGCUACGAUGAAAACUUUCAGCGUAUUUAUGGUGGCGAGGAUGACCGUAUCAAGAGUGACGUGAGCAACGGCCACGACAUGGGCAACGGUCACCACGACGUAGGCAACGGUUACGACGUAGGCAACGGUCACGACGCCAUAAGCAACGGCCACGACGGAAAAAACGGCCACGACGACGUAAGCAACGGUUACGACGUAAGCAACGGUUACGACAUGGGCAACGGCCACGACGGAAAAAACGGCCACGACGACGGAAACAACGGUCGUCACGACGGAAAAAACGGUUACGACGACGUAAGCAACGGUCACGACCACGGAAAAAACGGUCACGACGCCAUAAGCAACGGUCACGACGCCAUAAGCAACGGUUACGACGACGUAAGCAAUGGCCACGACGUAAGCAACGGUUAUCACGACGGAAGCAACGGUCGCGACCAGACAAGGAAAAGCUACGGUGAAGGACAAACGCAAAACGUGGCCACGAAUAAUCCUUCGCAACGCCUCCAUCAUCAGACAUGGCAGACCGAUGAACAUGACCAUACUUCCUCUUCUCCCUCAUCUUCUCACGCCUCUUCUCACGCCUCUUCUCAGGCCUCUUCUAACCCAUCAGGCAAGGUGGAGUUGCACGAUUUCACCAUCGUCCUCCAUGGCACCAACUCGGAGUCUGGCAAGCCCUCGCCUAGUGGUUCAUCCUCAAAAACACCUUCUCCUCACCUCUCUCACCAACAACUCCUAUCUUCCGACCACCCCCUUUUCUCCAACUCCAUUGACCCAAAGGACUCAAGCAACACUGAGCGACACGACGUUGAUUUCUCGUCAGUUUCGUCGUCAUCCUCGUCGCAUUCUGGGCGAGCGGGCGAACCAUCCACGCCGCUAUUGGACGCGGAUGUCUUUGGCCGGAGUUCAGCGUCGCGAGUGUCGGUGUCGCUGAGCACUCUCCUUAUGACCGAAGGUCCUUCAGUCAAGAAGGCUGGUGUAGACGACAAACUUCUCGCCCAUCCCAGCCUCCUCGACUGUCUCCAUAUGGACGCCAACACAUCCUCUUGUUUAGAGUGCGUACCGGGGCGCCUGCUACACCGCGCUGGCUGCGUCGCCGAGUGUCCUGACGGUUUCUUCAGCACCUUCGCCUCCCGCAACAUUCCUGACGCGGGGCAUCCUGCCCGUGCUGGUACCCCGGUAAUCACGGGAGGUGCUGUUACCCCGGUAAUCACGGGAGGUGCCGGUGCUGGAGGUGGUACCACGGCUCGGGAGGUGCCGGUGUGUGCCAAGUGUCACUUCUCCUGCAGGAGAUGUACUUCUCAUGAGCACUCUACGUGUACGCUCUGCUGGUCUGACGCUACUCUGCACCCGGGAGAUAAGAACGGAGGAGUUUGUUACUCACUAUCAGUAGAGAAAGCGUACACCAGCAGCCAGUCUUGGAGCGCUGCAGGAGUGUUGCUCGUGGUGGUGGCUACACUAGCGCUGGUGUUGUCUUCUCUUGGCUUCCUCUGCGUCAGGUUCAUGAGCGGUACAUCCAACACCAACGGCACCUCCAUCAGUAUCAGUGAUAGCGUAGAUAAACUCAGAGAGCUGAGCAAGGGCUUGCAUAACGGCGCGAAGAAGAGCGGCGGCGGCGGCGCCUCCUACAGGAAACUUUCCGACGACACCGAGAGGCUUGUGACUUCCAAUAAACCUUUCUAUGAUUUCCCCUCUAGUGAUGAGGAGGAGGAGCAAGUCUUAUGAUGGCCGUGAUGUCUUCUAUUUAGAUCAGUUUACGUCAUUAUGUAUCACGUGCGUCAUCAUCUCUUUUAUCAUUCUAACCCACGCCAUCGGUCCGUUCUUCGUGCGUUCCCUCUUCCGCCUUCUUGCUUUUGUCCCUGCAAUUCUUUGUCCCAGUUCCAUCUUUACUCUUUAUCUCCGCUCUUCUCCUUGUUUUUUAGAGAAAUUUGUGCAAAAAAACUUAAUAUAUAGUGACUUUUUUCUAUCUUUACUCUCUAUAUCUGCUCUUCUCCUUGUUUUUUAGAGAAAUUUGAGAGAAAAAAUUAAUAUCUUUCGUCCCAUUUCUAUCUUUACUCUUUAUCUCCGCUCUUCUCCUUGUUUUUUAGAGAAGUUUGUGCGAAAAACUUAAUAUUCAGUGACUUUAUAUUGCCAGAAUAUUUCUUUCCAUAUUCCUUUGUGCUAUUCCUCAUUCCUUCGUGCUAUUCCUACUCCUCUCUAUUCCUCAUGGACAAGAGAACAUUAACUCCUAAAUUCCUGCCUGAUAAAUAAAUUUGCCAGAGACAGGCAGGGAUAAAUUCGACCAUUUCAAAACCAUCCAUUUGAGAAUAGCGUGCAGUACACAACUUUGCCUAUUGUUUGAGGGUAGACCGCAAUAAAGUGCGUAAUGAAUAAUUCUUAUUCAGUGAUUAACGUGUUAUGAAUGAUGUGGGUGAUGAAUGCUGUGCAACUGAGCUCGAUAACACAAUUCAACAUUGAAGAAUCAGUUAUUUGCGACAAAAGCUUGAGUGCGUGUGUUAUGGCACAGAUCUUAUUUUUAACGGAUUUUAAUGCCAGAUAUACGAUCUGGAACUGAUAUAUCUUAGGUUGUCAGACAAUGAUGGGUAUAAGUGCAAGUUUUUGCUAGACCAUGUUGUGAAUUUUAUCAAUGUUCCUGUACUGAAAUAUGUCUAUGUGUGUCUUAGAUUUUAAUAUUCGAUAAUUAAUUAUUCGUUCAGGGAGACAUUGGAUAAAGGGUGUUUUAGAUACUCCGUUCGUGAACGUUAAUAUAUUGUGGAGUUGUCAGAGUGUCUCAAUAAGUAGCUGCCGAGUGUCUCAGUAAAUAACAAAUUGUUCUCAGCGAAACCGACACUUCUUUACGACAACGUUUUCAUUAUUACGGUAGUAACUGGAUUAAUUUCUUUCACUUUGAAAAAGAAACUAUGGUUUAAAUACGAUUUUGUGAGGCUAUAAAAUAUAUCAAUGCUUCCCAAGAUACCAUUUGCCACUAAAAAAUCUUUGCUUGUCUGUUCCCGUCAUGUCUCAACCAAAUAUUGAAUUCAAACCCGGGCUCUGUUUUUAUGUCAUGCAAGCUUACUAAUUGAUUAAAUAUUUUAAUGUUCAAUGUGACAUCAAUUUCUGCUGGAGCGUUUUAAUUAUAAACUUUUAGAUUCAGAGUAAGUUGCAAUCAAAGUUUGCAAUUUGUAAACAUUGUUCAGAAGUUAAUUACAUAGCUACAUUCUUAACGAGAUCUUCAUGAAGGUCCGUCAUGUUGAAAUUUUUAUUAGUCCAGAUUCCGUUUUUAAUAACUUCAGAUAAUGAUUUUAGUGUUUCUGUUCUUGAUAAGAUGUUCAGCUAAGGAUCAUCCAAUCCGAUGCAUAGGAAUCGCUAAAAUCUGGCUCUGUUUCCAGAAGUAACUUUGUAAGUUUUACUUGAGUUAUAGUUGUGUUUUUUCAAAGUUUGUGGAUUAUGAUUUACCAUCAAGAGUGACCCGAGUGCAGUACAGGUACCUAAACAAACUGCGUACAAAAAUUCGUGUAGUACUGGUACGUAUAAAAACUGCGUACAAAUACGCCAUAAAUAUCAUAUACUCGACCAAGUCGUUAGCACGACUCGGCAUCAAAAAUAUUCGAAAGGCCGAAAAUAUUCUAAAGGCUAAAAAUAUUCUA